CCUGAAACAGCUUUGCAGAAAAAUGGCAGGUGGGGUGAGAACUUGUAACAGUGCUGAGAAUACUUGUAUGUCUGACUUUAGUGGCUGAAUUAAGAAAUGAAUAAUAGAAGAACGCCUAAGAACAAGAUCAUCAGUCCUUUAAUCCAUUCUGAUGACCAUAUUUUUAUGUCUGCUCUUAGGACCACCCAGUCUUCUGGGCCCUCCCCCAAUGGCCAAUGGAAAGCCUGGUGACCCCAAGUCAGGUGAGGAAGAAGGGGCCCUGAUCCUUGUAUUAGGUCCUGAAGAAGAGAGCAAGGGAGAGAAUAAAACCCAAAAGGACUUUAAAAACCAAGGAUUCUGUAUCUGAAUGAAUGGAGAGAAGUUGUAUGUUCACAGAUUGAAAAACUCAGUGUUGUAAAAAUGUCACUUCUUCCCAAAUUGAUCUGUAGAUUCCAUGCAUUCCCAGUCAGAACCCCUGUAAUUUUUUUCAUGGAGAUAAACAUUCCUCAUUAUUAUAUGGAAAUGUAAAGUAUCAGGGUAAGAGACUGUCAAAACAAUCUUGAAGUGGGAAGGCAUACACUAAAUAUUAAGGCUUAUUGUAAGCUGGGUGUGUUGGUACAUACCUGUAGUCUCAGCUUUUCAGGAGACUGAAGCAGGAGAAUCCCUUGAGUCCAGGAGUUGGAGGCCAGCAUGGGCAACAUAGUGAGACCCUGUUUCAAAAAAGAAAAAGGACUUACUGUAAAGCUAUAAUAGUUAUGACUAUGGUUUGAGCACAAUGGUAGACAUAAGUCAACAAGACAGUAUAAAGGGUCUGAUAACAGGCCCACAUAUCUAUGGACUCUUCAUUUAUGAUGAAGAUGGAACUGAGAAGUUGAUCUUUGCAGUGAAUGAUGUUGGAUCAGUUGGAUAUUCAUGUGGAAAACAAUGGAAUUUUAUGUCCUACUCAUCCACAAACAUCAAUUCUAAGUGGGCUAUAGAUCUAAGUGUAAAAGUUCUUUACAGAGGUACUCCUGGACCAAGGGGACCAAUGAUUCCACCACUGCUGAGUCUCCCACCUCCUCCCCGGGGUAGAGCCUCAAUUCGGGGAGGCUUUGGCCCCAGGUCUGGCCCAUAUGGUCGUGGUUGGUGGGGAGUCAGUGCUGAACCUCCUUUUCCGGGGCCAGGUCAUGGGGGUCCCUCCAGGGGAAGCUUUCACAAAGAGCAGAGAAAUCCUCGAAGACUCAAAAGCUGGUCUCUUAUCAAGAAUACCUGCCCACCCAAGGAUGACCCCCAGGUUAUAGAAGACAAAUCCGGCCGCCCUGUCUGCCGACACUUUGCCAAAAAGGGUCACUGUCGAUAUGAGGACCUCUGUGCCUUCUACCAUCCAGGCGUCAAUGGACCUCCUCUGUGAGACUGUGCCUUCCCAUCCAGGCUGGAAGGAUCCCUCUGUUGACCUAGUGGCCAUGUAUUUCUCUGAGGCCCUUUGAUGGCUACCGUGAGGCUCUUCCAUCCAAAACCCUCAGUCAGUGACACAUCUACCCCAUCUGCCACUUACCCCAUUUUGGGGUCCAGAGUUGUUUUUCAUCACUGGUGCACAGUGUGUGCACAUUCAUCUGGUCCAGCCUCCAGAGACUUGCCUUCAGGACCCAACUUUGCCCCUUUCAGUUGCCUCCUGGAUCUUCUUGCCCCUCGUCAAAUGACUGCUGAACAGGAAACCUCUUUGGUGCUGUUUCUUGUGCAUCUGUCCACCAGUCCCCAGUACUGCCCUCAAUUCCUGAGAGCCCUGGAGCAGUUUCCUACCAUUCCCUUCUAGCUGCUUGUUUUAAGUCUUUUUAUGUGACACCCCUUCCCCAAUGUUGUCAGCUGCUUGUGAAACUCACCAGGUUAUCUGACCUGGGGUCAAGCUUGGGUGACUGGUACAGUUACUCCCUGAAGGCCACUUUGUUUUCGAAUUUCAUAGUUUCUGUCAGUAGCAUGAUCCCCUCCGCUAUGGUCUGUGAUCACUGUGCUUUAUGGAACUGUGCAUCCCCUUGUAGCCUUUCUCAGUGUCCAUGGCAUUUUUGUGACUUCCCAACACUAGAAUAAGUUUUUCUGCCAAAAUGAGUGAGCCUCUUGGUGCCCUCUAGACUAUUCCGUCUCCCAACAUGGGAGAAUUGUGAAACUUUCCAUAAGACUGCCUCCCUGGUCCUCCUCAUUCUUCUCCUGGUGUUAGUUUUUCUGGGUCUGACACAGGCCAGUUGAACAUCCUGUGAAGCCUUUGAUGGCUUUACCCUUCCUAGCUCCUCUCCAGCCCAUUUUAGUUAGACUGUGUCAUUGUUAGGCAACCAGCCCUUUCAUUUGAAUUCUGUGAAUCUCCACCUGGCCUAUUUUUUGGGUGGAACCUGGACAGUACUGUUGCCCUCUUCCAACCCUCUUCCCCUACACCCUGGCACUGGUUGUUUUCUGUGAAAACGGCAGUGAACAGGUUCAGUUUUGAACUGGCCCUGAGGAAAUGGGUCAGGAGUUGUGUGGGCAAGAGGGAUGGGUGAGAAUUGUUGGAGAACUGAGAAUGAAUUGUUGUGUUUUUUUUUUUUAACAUUUUUUUAUAUUAGUAAUAAACGCAGUGGAAACCAGCAUUUUCUUUAA